UAUAAAUAGAGGCAAGAUGUUCAUUAGUUUCCUCAUCCUUCUUACAAUUAUCUCAAAAUCAAGUAGUGAUUAUAUCUUAAUUAUAAUAUAGUUUCAAACAAGAAAAAAAAUGGGAUCAAAGGCAUUUAUGCUUAUUGUUUUGGCUAUUUUUCUUGUGAUAACCUCAGAGGUUGCAGCUAGGGAGUUGGCGCAAAGAUCCACCACUUCUUUGGACAACGGACAUGCAAAUGAUGCCAAAUUACUAGGAAUAGGAUUUCAAGGAUAUUUAGGAGGACUAGGAUUUCCUAGACCAGAAAUUGGAGGACUUCCAAGACCGGGAAUUGGUGGACUUCCAGAAACUGGAGGAUUUCUAAGACCAGGAAUCGGAGGAUUUCCAGGAAUAGGAGUAGGCGGAUUUCCAUGGGGAGGAUUUGGUGGUGGUGGUCGUCGUGAAUAUUAUGGAGAUUAUCCAAGAGGUGGUGGAUUUUAUCCUGGUGGUGGUUAUGGCGGAGGAUAUCCUAGAGGUGGUUGGUAUGGAGGAUUGCCUCGCAACUAAUUUGUGUUUAAUUAAUAGGUAAUAUAGUUUUUUGCUGGAAGUAUGAAUAAAUAGAUGUAUCAUAAAUCUCCAUUCACUUACUAUGGAUGGAUGCUCAUGAUCAUGUCAUGUUUCUUCAAAUAAUAAUAAUAGGAUUAUCAAAGAACUUAA